AACCCAAAACCCCUUCUCUACAGAGUAGUAUUUUAUUCAAUCCUAGAGCUUUGGGAGUUCAACUACAAAUUGUGAGUAAUAAAACCUCCAAACCCAUUCAAUUCAAGCUCAUAAUCACUACCCUCCAAAGAGAGAGAAUAAAAGAAACUUUGUUGCUAUUAUUCUUUGCUUCCAAGGCAUUGAGAAUGGUGAAUUAGUAAUUAAAACUUGCUUCGAAUACUCACCAUGUGUUGGAACACACAGCUAUCUUGUCUUGUCCAUAGAAGAAGAAGGGGAAGAAGAAGAAGGAGGAGGAGAAGAAGACAAAGCCAAUGCAAACAAAUGAACACAAAUAUGAAAACAAGAACAAAACGAAGCUUCUCAAGCAUGGAUUUUAGCUGGUGUUUGAGCUUCCCAAUCAUUGUACAUUUUCUUCUUCUUGUUUCUUUGGUUUGUCCUGUUUUAUCGUCCUCGUCGUCGCCGCCGUCCACAGAAGUUGGUAAUGGUAACGACCCAGUUUCCAAUCAAACACUUCGGCCGCAAGAAGAGUUGAAAAAGUUCAAUUUCAUAAGAAAUCAUCUUCAAAAGAUCAAUAAGCCUGCUGUUAAGACAAUUGAGAGUUCAGAUGGUGAUAUAAUAGACUGUGUUGUAACUCAUCAACAACCAGCUUUUGAUCAUCCUCAAUUGAAAGGACAGAAGCCAUUGGAUGCUCCUGAAAGGCCUGAAGGAUAUAAGCAUGAAGUUGAGGAAAGGAGUGAAGAGUUUCAAGUAUGGAGCAUGUCUGGAGAAUAUUGUCCAGAAGGUACAAUCCCAAUAAGAAGAACAACACAAGAAGAUAUGCUGAGGGCAAGUUCUGUUUCCACUUUUGGGAGAAAAUUAAGAAGCCGUGUUAGAAGGGACACUAACAGCAAUGGACAUGAGCAUGCAGUUGGGUAUGUAAGUGGAGAAGAAUAUUAUGGAGCGAAAGCAAGUAUAAAUGUGUGGGCACCAAGAGUGACAAACCAAUAUGAAUUCAGCUUGUCACAAAUGUGGGUCAUCUCUGGUUCUUUUGGAAAUGAUCUCAACACCAUUGAAGCCGGUUGGCAGGUCAGUCCGGAGCUAUACGGAGACAGUUACCCUAGAUUCUUUACUUAUUGGACGAGUGAUGCAUAUCAAGCAACAGGAUGCUACAAUUUACUAUGCUCAGGAUUUGUUCAAACCAACAAUAGAAUUGCAAUUGGAGCUGCAAUCUCUCCAACUUCUUCAUAUCACGGAGGCCAAUUUGAUAUUAGCCUCCUCAUUUGGAAGGAUCCAAAGCAUGGGAACUGGUGGCUGGAAUUUGGAUCAGGGGUCUUAGUGGGGUACUGGCCAUCAGUGUUGUUCACACACCUAAGAAAUCAUGGAAGCAUGGUGCAAUUUGGGGGUGAAAUUGUGAAUUCAAGGCAAUCAGGGUAUCACACAUCAACACAAAUGGGAAGUGGUCACUUUGCUGGGGAAGGUUUUGGAAAAGCCUCAUACUUUAGGAACAUGCAAGUUGUGGAUUGGGAUAACAAUUUGGUUCCUUUGUCAAAUCUCAAGGUUCUUGCUGACCACCCUAAUUGCUAUGACAUUCAAGGAGGAAUCAAUAGGGUUUGGGGGAAUUACUUUUAUUAUGGUGGACCUGGAAGAAAUGUUAGAUGUCCCUAAGGGAAUAAUAAUAACAAUUAUCAAUUAUAGGAAUCUUUUUUUUUUUUUUACUUGGUGUCAU